AUGAUAACCUCCCGACUGACACCUCUGGCCAGAUUUGGCCUUCGAUGUUUUCCACGGCUGAUAGCGAUCCCCAAGAGACACCGAUAUCCUGAAUAUAUGAUGGAAGCAGUGAGGCGGUGGAUCCGAGUUAUGCGCUUGGCGAUAUUUCGUGAUCUCUGCAGUCUCCGGCUACGACGUCAAACCACAUUAACUGGCCGAUCCCCUCCAAUGAUGAGCUUGUUGGCCAAACUGUGUUCAACACCAAUAAAGGCCUACCAAGAAGACGGAGUCGUUAUCGAUUUGUGCAUUCCUAGAAGCAGGCCAAUCCAGUACCAAUUCCUGUAUCUACAAGCGUUGGGGAAUUGA